UAGAGGGAUAAACCGGCGGGGUGGCUAUAUGUGUGUUCGCGUUUUUGUUCUUAACAAUUAUUUAAUUCCCUUUUCGAAACUGCGGACUGACACACAAGUGGAAGGCAAAUUGGGGUGUAUUUCGUCGUGUACCACUUCGACGAGAUCGUACUAAUUCGUCACGUUGUUCUGAUCAAACCGAUCAGAUCAGACGUCUUCGGAUAUUGUCCUGUGUGGAUACGUUACCCGUUAGGAUAAAGACAGCCAGCAAUCAAACUAGUGCAGUGGAUUAAUCUAAAGAGACGAUGAGUACCCUGGAAUCUGUGGAUCGAGUCGAGUUGUGCGAGAGUCUGUUGACAUGGAUUCAGACGUUUGGAGUGGAGGCGGCGUGUAAAACAGUGGAGGAUCUGACCAGUGGGAUAGUCAUGGCCCAGGUCCUGCAGAAGAUAGAUAAUGUGUAUUUCAAUGACAACUGGAUAAGCCGGAUUAAGCCUGAAGUGGGGGAUAAUUGGAGAUUAAAGAUCAGCAACCUAAAGAAAAUCUUAAAAGGAAUCUUGGACUACAACCAGGAGAUCCUUGGCCAGCAGAUUAAUGACUUCACACUCCCAGAUGUCAACCUCGUCGGCGAGCACUCAGACGCAGCCGAACUGGGCAGGAUGCUGCAGCUCAUCCUGGGCUGUGCAGUCAACUGUGAACAGAAGCAAGAGUACAUCCAGACAAUCAUGAUGAUGGAGGAGUCUGUGCAGCAUGUUGUCAUGACAGCCAUUCAGGAGCUGAUGAGCAAAGAGACACCUGUCACAGGAGGAAGUGAUACCUACGCUGAUCUCGACAGACAGCUCAAGAAGACGGUGGAAGAGCUAAACGAUGCUAUGGCCACCAAAGAGGAGAUCGCCCAACGCUGCCACGAGCUAGACAUGCAGGUGGCGGGCCUGCAGGAGGAGAAGAGCAGCCUGCUGGCGGAGAACCAGGUGCUGAUGGAGCGGCUCAACCAGUCCGACUCCAUCGAGGACCUCAACAGCCCCGCCGGCCGACGCCACCUGCAGCUGCAGACACAGCUGGAGCAGCUGCAGGAGGAGACCUUCAGGCUUAGCAUGUGCGAGGCGUCUCAGCUCAGCUGCGACCUGCAGCCUCUGCCGCCUGCCCUGCAGGCCUGGUCUCUCAGCUCCACCCUGAUGCUGCCCCAGUGGAGGUUGGAGGCAGCCAAAGACGACUACAGGAUCCGCUGUGAGGAGCUGGAGAAGGAGCUGAUGGAGCUGAGGGGCCAGAACGAGGACCUGACCUCCCUGGCCGACGAGGCGCAGUCGCUCAAGGACGAGAUGGAUGUGCUCAGGCACUCCUCUGAUAAGGUGUCCAAGCUGGAGGGGAUGGUGGACUCGUACAAGAAGAAGCUGGAGGACAUGGGGGACCUGCGGCGGCAGAUGAAGCUGCUGGAGGAGAAGAACAACGUCUACAUGCAGAACACCGUCAGCCUGGAGGAGGAGCUCAAGAAGGCCAACGCCACACGCGGCCAGCUGGAGACCUACAAGAGACAGGUGGUGGAGCUGCAGAACAGACUGUCCGAGGAGUCCAAAAAGGCAGACAAGAUGGAGUUUGAGUACAAACGUCUCAAGGAGAAGGUGGACUCCCUCCAGAAAGAGAAGGAUCGCAUGCGGACGGAGAGAGAUUCUCUGAAGGAGACCAUUGAGGAGCUACGUUGCGUUCAGGCCCAGGAGGGCCAGCUCACAGCAGGCAUGGGUCUACUGGGCAGUAACGAGGGCUCUGAUUCACUGGCUGCUGAAAUCAUGACACCAGAAAUCCGGGAGAGACUCAUCAGACUCCAGCAUGAGAAUAAGAUGCUGAAGAUCAACCAAGAGGGCUCAGACAACGAGAAGAUCGCUCUUCUGCAGAGCCUUCUGGAGGAUGCCAACAGCAGGAAAAACGAGCUGGAGACAGAAAACAGGUUGGCCAAUCAGAGACUGCUGGAGGGUCAGGGGCAGGUGGAGGAGCUGCAGAAGACGCUGCAGGAGCAGGGCCUCAAGGCUGAUGAUGCGAUCAUGCUGAAGAAGAAGUUUGAUGAGCAAUUGAUUAAACUGAAAGAGGUGACCAGUGAGCUUCAGAAGAAGACCACCCACAUUGAGGACAUGGAAUCAAAGACCAGCCAGACCACUCAAAAGGUGGAGGAGCUGGAAGAGGCCUUGAAGAAGAAAGACGAGGAUAUGAAACAGAUGGAGGAGAGAUACAAGAAGUAUCUCGAGAAGGCCAAGAGUGUUAUCCGGACUUUGGAUCCCAAACAGAACCAAGGUUCGGCUCCCGAGGUCCAGGCCCUAAAGAACCAGCUUCAGGAGCGGGAGAGGAUGCUUCACUCCCUGGAGAAAGAAUACGAUAAGACAAAAACACAGCGGGACCAGGAGGAGAAGCUGAUCGUGUCGGCGUGGUACAACAUGGGCAUGGCCCUCCAAAAGAAGGCGGCGGAGGACCGGCUGGCCAGCACGGGCUCAGGUCAGUCGUUCCUAGCGCGCCAGCGGCAGGCCACCAACACGCGCCGUACCUACCCUGGCCACGUGCAGCCCACCUCAGCCAGUGAUGUGAUUGCAUGACCGGCAGGGCGGGCUUGGAAGUGGGUGCAUGACCGUGCUGCUUGCAUGACUUAAUUUGCGUUGAGCCUGCAGAAAUAACCCAAUCAACACUAACCCUCCCACAGCCUCUCCCCUCUCCUCCCCCCACGCUUCUUCCCACCUGUCAUGUGGACCGCCGGGGUGGAGAAAGAGAUCCAGUCGUAAGUCUGGAUGCUCGGGAGACACCCCCCCCCACACACACCCUUCCCUGAAACAAAUAUGUAGUCCCUCCCACCCCGCAACACCUUCUUGGGCCCUUACCAUUUCUACAGGGACAGAUGGGCUAGCAAGGCGCUAUCUUAGGCUGGAGUGAGCGGUGCAGGCGAGGUGUACGUAUAGGGAGAGCAGGAAGUAGGUUUUUGUUUUGACUACUUCCAAGAUGGCCCCUUACAGAGGUUUGGACAGAUCCAGAGGUGGCAGGCUGAACUAGGAGGGAACGGCUUCAUGUUAGCCUCUUACACUACUUAAGACGACCACUUUUGACCAGUUUCGAGUAGUUGGCUGGGCACCUUAAUGAAACUGCUCAGAGAAGCAACUGAAAGGGUCUGGGACGGAGUUGUCUCCAAAUGAUCAAGCGGAAACCUUUUUUUGCGAAUAAGAAAUUAAAUGAAGACUACAUGAUUCCUGUAUUUUCCCAUUCAAAAGCCCUUUCUAAUCAAUUUUACCUUAUUUGUUUUGCCACUAUGUAAUUUUAUUUAAUUUAACUGUUAUGCCUUUUAUUCAAUAUAGUGUUACUUUUAUGCUUUCCUUGUGUCCCUUCCCCAAAACCCCUUUGAGCAAACUGCUCUGAAGAUAGCAGUGUGAGAUGUAAUGAGAGAUUGAGAGAUGAGAGAGUCCAUGAACAGAAAAUAAGCCUUCACAGUUCACAAGCAGAAACUCUUAUUUAUUUAUCCUGUUUUUGUUGAUUUUAUUUACACACUCAGUAUUGACUUUAGAUGCAGUCAUAUCAUUGGAUAUGAACAAUUUAGGGGGAACUAAAACAAAAUGGAGGCUGCUCCAUAAUAUACAUUUGGUGUUUUUAAGAUGAGUGCACAGCUGUAUUUGGUAAAUCAAAUAGUGUGAAGUAUUAUUCUGUAAGUUUUGAGGGUAUGUUUUGUGAAGGCAUCAACACAGAGUCUGGAAGUUUUCCAAUGUCCUAGUCUCUAUGUUUGAGAGUGUCCACUCUUAAAGUUGCAUAAGCGUAUGCAGCCUUCUUACAUAUGUCAAAAGAUCAAACGGAAAGAUAGAGUCUGAAGAGGAUGUCUUUCUCAAACUAUCAUUUAAUACUCAAGUGCUUUUUGACACCACAGAAUUCAGUAGGGAUGUGAAGUCUGAGGUCACUGGUACCGGCAUACCUCUGACACGUCAGUGAAACUAGUCUUCACUGAUUUUUCUGUUGACUAUCCUCCUCCCCUUUCAGAUGAUAGAAAACUCUGUUCAUAUUAUAAAAUAGAUAUUCAGACUGUGUAAUGUGUAAGACUUGUGUUGGCAGACAUGUUAAGAGUUAUGGAGAACCGUUCAGUUUUUAAGUAAUUUGUUUUUUAAUAAACUGUUUGUCAGGUGUGGCAAAAGUUUGAAUGUCUCAUGGACAUAAUCUGUAUCAGUGGUCAGAGAUAACCAGUCAACUUUUAGCUCUGAAAUCCAUGUUAGGCCUUUCACUACCGUCCAGUGGAAAUCUGCUUGUCUGCUACCCAGUCCAGGAAACCUCAAACAUUAAAAAGCAGGUUGAUGUCUAAUUAACUAAGUUUGUAAUCUAUCAACAGGUUUUAAUGGUGGCUGUAUUUUUUUUUUUUUUGAGUAAUCAGGAGAUUCCUUACUCUGUAGCAAAUAACCUUCCAUUUGCCAAGUUUUAUAUUGCUUGUAUACAAUAUGUAAAUAAUGUAUGUCUGAAACAGUGGUGGAAGACCUGAUUAUUAGACACAACAUAGGAAAACAAAACAAUCUCAUGACUGAGUUUGGUGGAUUUCAUUGUAUAUCUCCAUUACGAAACAUGUUGACAAAAAACGUGCUUCCUAUGCUGCAAAAAUGUACAGUUGUUAAUCCAGUUGUAAAUAAAGCUUGUAUAAAACUUG